GUGCCAGCCUGGGAAUCCCUGUCUAGCAUUAUCUAUGCAGUAAAUGGGCAUUUGAAAAGAAUGCUCCUUCAUCUUAAAUAUCAGAAAUAACAUAUCCGGCCAUAAUGUCUACAUCUGUAAUGUCUCCACCAGCUGAUACCAUCCUUCCAAACGUGUCUUCUCAAGAGUUUUGGAGGUCCCAGGCAUGGGGCUACACCACAUCCGUUACAGGUCAUAUCAGCCAUAGAGCUAACAAUUUUAAAAGGCAUCCAAAGAGGAGAAAACUAAUCCGGCCUUCACCUCCUCCUCCUCCCAAUACCCCCUGUCCUCUUGACCUCAUUGAUUUUGUAGAUCUUUAUCCUCGAAGAUCUUUUUUGGAACUUUUAUUUAAUGGAUGUAUUUUAUUUGGAAUCGAGUUCUGUUAUGCAAUGGAAACUGCAUAUGUCACUCCUGUGCUAUUACAGAUGGGUCUUCCGGAUGAAUUCUAUAGCAUGGUGUGGUUUAUCAGUCCAAUAUUGGGUUUUAUGCUGCAGCCUCUCUUAGGGGCAUGGAGUGAUUCGUGCACAUCAAGGUUUGGGCGAAGAAGACCAUUCAUUCUAGUUCUUGCCAUAGGAGCUUUGUUUGGGCUUACUCUGCUGCUCAAUGGACGGGAUAUGGGACUGGCCAUUGCUGAUACAACAAGUCACCAUAAAUGGGGACUUAUUCUCACAAUCUGUGGUGUUGUACUCAUGGACUUUAGUGCAGAUUCUGCUGAUAAUCCUAGUCAUGCUUACAUGAUGGAUGUGUGCAGCCCAGAAGAUCAAGACCGAGGCCUUAAUAUUCACGCUUUGCUUGGAGGACUUGGUGGUGGAUUUGGCUAUGUCGUUGGUGGAAUAAACUGGAACAAUACAAGAUUUGGAAAAGCAAUGGGUGGACAAUUGAGAGUUAUUUAUAUCUUCACUUCAAUAGCGCUGACCAUCACCACAAUUUUAACUUUAAUUAGCAUUCCAGAAAAAACUAUCCAAUCGUUCAUAAAAAAGAAGAAGGUAAUGAAAAGUCCAAGUCUUCCUUUGCCUCCUUCACCGCCUGUAUUUUUUGAAGAAAGUGAAAAUCUGAACCCUAGUUCCCGGAACUCAGCCCAUUUGUAUGCAAGUUUUACAAGUCCAAUCUCCCCACUUAGCCCUCUCACACCAAAGUAUGGAAGCUUUCUUAGUAGAGACAAUUCCUUAACUGGAAUAAAUGAAUUUGCUUCCUCUUUUGGAACCACAAAUAUAGACAGCGUCCUUAUAGACUGCUUUACAGGAGGGCAUGAGUGCUACUUAGCACCUUCUAGUAGUUUACCUAGACAAGCCAGUAGUCUUCCUCGAAUACCUGAAAGCUUGUACUGCAGUGGGAAUGGUGUCUUGGACUCUGGAGAGAAUAUUUCAACGCCUGGAACCGAAAGAGAACAUUUAAGUGUUGGAUCUCUUGAUGCAAAACAGAAUCGAUCGUCUGGAAUUUUGAAACGGCCGCAGUCGUUAGCUAUCCCAGAUAUAAUCACUGGAACAUGUUCUGAAAGUAGCAGGAGGCGAAAUGUGACAUUUAGCCAACAGGUGGCUAAUAUAUUGCUGAAUGGUGCAAAGUAUGAGAGUGAGCUUAAUGGAUCUACUGAGAUGUCUCAGCGACCACUAUCAAUGAGACUACUGUGUUCAUCCAUCUGCCAUAUGCCUAAGGCACUACGUAACCUAUGCAUUAAUCACUUCCUAGGAUGGCUGUCCUUUGAAGGAAUGCUUCUGUUUUACACAGAUUUCAUGGGAGAAGUGAUAUUUCAAGGGAACCCGAAAGCCCCUCACACAUCAGAGGAAUACCAGAAAUAUAAUGCUGGUGUCACAAUGGGUUGUUGGGGAAUGUGUAUAUAUGCUUUUAGUGCUGCAUUUUAUUCAGCCAUAUUAGAAAAGCUUGAAGAAUAUUUCAGUGUUCGCACCCUGUACUUUAUAGCAUAUCUUGCUUUUGGACUUGGCACCGGUAUAGCCACACUGUCUACCAACAUCUAUCUAAUCUUAUCUUUAUGUAUAACCCACGGAAUCUUAUUUUCCACACUUUGUAUACUGCCAUAUUCUCUGCUCUGUGAUUACUACCAGAAUAAAAAAUUUGUGGGGUCCAGCUCGGACGGAACCAAACGUGGAAUGGGUGUAGAUAUAUCUUUGCUAAGCUGUCAGUAUUUUCUGGCUCAGAUUCUUGUUUCAGUUAUAAUGGGACCUUUAACCUCCAUGGUUGGAAGUGCUAAUGGCGUGAUGUAUUUUUCAAGCAUCAUAUCAUUUGUUGGUUGUUUCUAUUCUUCCUUAUUUGUCAUCUAUGAAGUACCACCAAGUGGAGAUUAUGAAGAAGAACAGCAACCUCUUUUGAUCAAUAUCUGACAAAUGAACAUUAAUAUUUUUAAAACUUGAAAUAAAACACUCAAAGGAUAUUGAGUUGCCUUGAGUUUGUUUGUUUUUUUGCCAAAUAUUCUGAUUAUAAUUUCAUAAAAUAUGAGCUAAAAUACUGAGCAAAAUAAAAAGAAAAUUGUAUCACAAAA